AUGUCGUCUGAAAAGGCAGCCAAAAGACCUGACACUAUUCUGGGGACGGCUACUUCUUACUUGUUGUUCUACCUCCACAUCCCUGACCACAACAACCCCAUCCAGGACACACUCCGAGCCUGCAACGACCUGCACAAAGAGGGGAAAUUCAAGGAGCUCGGCCUGUCGAACUAUGCUUCUUGGGAAGUGGCUGAAAUUGUGAGCAUCUGUAAACACAACAACUGGAUUGUUCCCACAGUGUAUCAGGGGAUGUACAAUGCAACAAAAAGGCAGGUGGAGACUGAGCUAUUUCCAUGUCUCAGAUACUUUGGCAUCAGUUUCUAUGCUUACCAUCUCUUGUCAGGUGGACUUCUAACAGGUAAAUAUCACUAUGAAGAUAAGAACGGGUUUCUUGGGAACAGUUGGGCAGCAGCGUACAGGGACAGAUAUUGGAAGCAGAGUCAGGUCGAGGCCAUAACUCAGGUGCUGAAGACUUUAGAGGAGGUUUAUAGAGCAGACAAACCCAGUCUGACAUCUGCAGCCAUGAGAUGGAUGUACCACCAUUCAAAACUGAAGGGAGAUUUAGGAUGA